UUCUUCUUCUUCUUCUUCUUCUUCUUCUUCUUCUUCUCCUUCUUCUUCUAUGUGUUUCAUCUUUACCCCAAAGAACAUGGCCGGCAAUGGAACCCACAUCCUCACAGAAAAAAAUGGGGUCUUUAAACCGGUGAGCUACAAAGGGAACUCCCCCAUAAGGGUUUCUUACUCUCUGAAUUCUCUUCAAGUAGGUAACAACUCUCUUUUAAUCACUGAAGGAGUGAUGUUUCAACAGAACCCACCACUAAAAUGCGUUUGUUUUCCAGACACCACGACUCCGGGAAGACAUGCGCGUGAGGCGGGGGAGGGGGAUGAGUGGGGCGAGGGGGAGACCGCUGACAGCCAACCCCGUCCACGGAGGGACCUCCUUCAGACGGAACCGAGCCCAGGCUGGUCUAGGUUCCUCCCUGCGCUGCACGCUGGGGGGCAGUGACGCCCUGCUCCCGCCUUCCCGAGGGAACCUGGAACCUGGUUAGUUAUUUUCCUCCACGAUCAGAUGCGCUUCAAGGCGGCGAAGCCGAGUGUGACCCUGAGGUGGCAUCUUGCCGAGGACAGCGACACCACAGUGGUUGUGGCAGGAGGGACAGGCUGGAAGCCCAGACCCCACAGUGCUCCAUGCCUGUGGGCUGACAGCGACUAAGGCAGACAACAGGGAAGCUCAGGGGGCGGCGGAGACCUUAUUUUUAUGUUUAGAGCCGCAGGUGCGGCAUAUGGAGGUUCCCAGGCGAGGGGUCCAAUCGGAGCUGCAGCCACGGGCCUACACCACAGCCACGGCCACGCCAGAUCCAAUCCCAGGGUUCGAGCUUUUACCUGAGCCGGGUCAUUCAGCGCCGCCGCCGCCAUCCAAGUCUGUGGGAGGAGCGGGGUGUUAUGCGGUGGGCGACCUACACCCCAUCUCACUGCAAGGCCCGAUACCCAGCCCACUGAGCGAGGCCAGGGAUCGAACCCGCGUUCUCAUGGACCUUAGUCAGACUCCGCUGAGCCAGGACGGGAACUCCUCCGGGGAGGUCUUUGAGGCCACUCCCCUCCCGACUGAGUCUCCAUCCCUUGACCCAGAGUUUGAGUUCCUCCUUUGCACUCAGGGGCCGAAUUCCGACUUCCGCGUGCAGCCACCAGGCCGCAAGGUGCCCGGAGCACUUUCCCGGUGGAAGAGCAGGGAGCUGCGGGGACGCGCGAGGGCCCCCAGACCCGGCGGACGGAUGCUGCUGGGUCUUCCCGGACAGAGUCAAGCCGGAGUUCCCGGAAGGUCUCCCUCGGCCCCUCUGCGCUCUAGGGACAACUUCCCCACCGCCGGUCCUCACUCCCUCUCCGCACAGAGGUCAGGUGCGGACCCGGGGCGCCGACCACACGUCCGCGCUGCCAUCCAGGGACGGCGGAUUCUCAACCUUUCGUCUUCAAAGCCAAAUCCCGACCUUUCCAGGCGCAGACACACCUGCCACCCCCGAGCCGGGCACGUCGGGAGCCCGUUCUCGGGUGGGUGGGAGUUCCGGGGAGGGGACUCAGCGCCUUUCUUCAAAAGUGCCGUCCCUGUCGUCCCCCUACCCGCGCGCGGGGGAGACCGCCCCUCUAGCCCGCGCCCACGUGCGUCCGCCUGGUCUCCGACGGCAGAGCCCGCACCGGACCCCAGCGGGACCGUCGCCGACCCCGCACCCGCCCCUUCCCGGACCACCUCCGUACCGGCCGCCAGGGCAGACCGCUGCCUGGACCCCCGCUGCUGCCACGGCUUCCAGGACUCCAGGUCCUGGCGGGACGGGCCCUCCCCGGCGGCGGGCGGGGCCGCGAGAACUACAUCACCCACAAUGCCCCGCACCCGCCCACGCGGCGUGGCCAAGGACUUGCAAGGGCGUUUCCGCGCGGGAACGAGACGGUGUGGGCGGGACUUCCCGCUCCGCUGGGGGCGCCGUCCCUUUGCUCCGGGGUCCAGCAGCGAUCUGAGUCCUGUCGGAGCGCGGAGUCAGCCUCGAGGCGACCGCAGCGAGGAGGCGCUGGAGGAAAGGUUGUCCCCACUGCACAACGGCUCGUCUGCAGAGCCGCGGCGGUGAACGGCGACUGUACCCGAGCUCAGUCUCGGUCGCCCACCCCGUCACACCCCGCUCCUCCCACAGACUCGGUUGGCGGCGGCGGUGCUGAGUGACCCGGCUCAAGCAAAAACUCGUCCUCUGGGCCUUCACUGCCCUCGCCCCAGCAGACGCUAAAGCCCCGAGGGCGAGGCGCCUGCUCCGUAUUGCUCCCUGUGUCCAGAUCGGUCACAGCAAUGCCAGAUCCUUAACCCGCCGAGCAAGGCCAGGGAUGGAACCCGCAACCUCAUGGUUCCCAGUCAGAUUCGUUAACCACUGCUUCACGACGGAACUUCAACGAGGAGUUUUAAUCUCAGGACGGUAGAAGCUGUGGAGUCCUGUGCACAAAAGAGGCACAUGAUGUGAGUAAGGCUUUUCAAGUUCUCCAGAAGUUGCUCAGAGCAAGAACAGACAAAAGGUGAUGAAAAGCACCGAGGGGCGGGCGGUUGAGUCGGUCCAAGGUCACACACCUAUAAAUGCAGGAAGGACCGAGACUCAAAGUUAAGGCAGUCCUGCCAUCAUCUUGUUCCAGGGCUGCAGAAGGAUACCUGGAGGCCAGAGACCAUUGAGGCUGCCGUGGUUAUAUCCCUCUAAUGACCUCCUUCUUCCCAUAGACUCCCAUGACUACAGAGGUGCUUAUGGACCGUACAGAGGAGGAGUGGGGGCUCCUUGAUGAGGCUCAGAGGCGCCUGUACCACAUUGUGAUGCUGGAGAACUUGGCACUUACGGCCUCCCUGGGUAAGGCCCUCAUCCCGGUGUCCAGGUCUCUAUCUUAUCUUUUGUCCCCCAGAGGCAGCUCUGCCCUUUCCACGGACAGACCAUGGCAAUGCUGGAUCCUUACCUCACGGAGCAAGGCCAGGGAUUGAACCCGCAUCCUCAUGGAUACUAGUCGAAUUCAUUGCUGCUGAGCCACAACAGGAACUCCCCACAUCUCUGAAUUUUGAUCUUUUCUAGUGUUUUUGUAGUCUGUAUAUCCACUUUAAUCUUUAUUGAUUCCUUCCUUCUGCUAACAUUGUGCUUAGUUUGUUCUUUUUCUAGUCUUUAAGGUUUGAAGAUAAGGUGUUCAUUUAAGAUCUCUUUUUUCUUAGUACAGACAUUUAUCUGCUAUAACUUUCCCUUUUAGAACUGCUUUUACUGGUGGCAUAAGUUUUGGUACAUUGUGUUCUUUUUUUUUUUUUUUUUUGGUCUUUUUAGGGCCAAACCCAUGGCA